UGUUAGCGGCAAUGUGUAUAAUAUUGGUAUUUUAUAUAAUGUCUAGGAAUUCUAUAUAACACCAAAUACAGACGGCAAUCUAAAAAAUUGUUUAAAUUACCUAAGCAUUAUAUGAAAUGCCAAACAAUGUAUAGGUAAUAUAUUAAAUCCAUAUAAUCAGUACCUAUUGAUAUUUGACAAUAUAUAAAUCCAUUAGUAAUCUGUAAUCUGUAAUCUAUAAAGUAGAAUUCCGACUGCCGACAGAUAACGCGAUAAUUUUGUCACCGUAGUCAUAUAGGUACUCUUAUACUAUUUUAUCAUUUACAUUUCAGUCUUUGACAAAAUGUCGUGCGUGGAGAGUCGAGUGCGCGAAAUGAAAGUUCGUUUUAACGCCGACUUAUCAUAAAGGUAUAAAUAGGUCACCUUACGAAGCACUUUUUGGUUGUAAAAUGAAAGUUGGUUUAGAUACAUCAUUUCUACCACCAUAUAUUUUAAAAGAUUUAGAUGAUGAAGAGAGCCUUCUUAAUUUGGUAGAUCAAUAUUCCAUUGGCCCAACUAAUCAAGAUGACGAAAAUAAUAUUACCAAUGACGAAGAUAUUUGUACAGUUGAUAAUAAUAUAAAUACGGUAAAUUCUAAGGACGACGAAAAUAUUGCUACCUGCAAUGACGAAGAUAUUAUAAUUACGAUUAACGAAGAUAUUUGUACAGUUGAUAAUAGUAUAAAUAAGGGGAAUUAUUUGGUGUGCUCAGAAGAAAACGAUAAAAAUAUGGUUCAAUGUCUAACAUGUGAUAGCAAAAUCCAUGCGAGUGGCACAAUAUCUGUGGAGAAAGACUUGUUAUGUAAGCUUUGUAUCAGAACUAAAAAAACCGAAAACCAGCGAAGAGAAGCACAUUGUAAUUUGGAAUUACAGGCUAUAAACAUGAAAACUAGAUCAAAUAAAAAAUUCCUUCCAGCACUCGUUGGAAACACAGUAAGAGUACCAAUUUCAGAUGUUGAUCGAGGACGAGGAGAAGCUCAUAAUGUUUUGGCGUGUGUUUUGGAAGUUACAGAAGAUGGAUUUUAUCGUUUAGGAAAUAAAACAGGUGUUCUGAAACAACUUUAUGCCAGAUCCCAAUUUACAGUCUGUCAACAAAAUUUUGUGGCUUUAGAGGAAGUAAACCACGAAAAAGAAUUGGGUUUACGAUCUAUUGCCACUCAAGAAGCAACUGGAUCUGGACAAGGCUUUAUUAAAUGUUCAUGUUCAACAAGAUGUCAAAAUAACAGAUGUAAGUGUUUAAAAAAUAAAGUUCAUUGCAAUUCAAAAUGUCAUCCUAACUUACAGUGUUGUAAUAAAUAAAUUUAACAACUUUUUAUAAACUUAAACAUAUGAAAUAUAAUGUUUUUUUUUGUAAUUA